GCGUGUGGUUUGGUUAAAAACCUUGCCCUCAUGACUCACAUUACUACUGAUAUGGAAGAUGGCCCGAUUAUUAAAUUAGCCAGUAAUCUUGGAGUUGAAGAUGUCAACUUGCUCUGUGGUGAAGAACUUUCAUAUCCAAAUGUGUUCCUUGUUUUCCUUAAUGGUAACAUCCUUGGUGUUAUACGUGAUCAUCAGAAAUUAGUCAACACAUUUCGGAUAAUGCGUCGAGCGGGUUAUAUCAAUGAAUUUGUUUCCAUCUCUACAAAUCUUUCUGACAGAUGUGUCUACAUUUCCUCUGAUGGAGGGAGAUUGUGCAGACCGUACAUAAUUGUCAAGAAGCAAAAACCUGCCGUUACAAACAAGCAUAUGGAAGAACUGGCUCAGGGGUACAGGAAUUUUGAAGACUUCUUGCAUGAAGGCCUUGUUGAAUAUUUGGAUGUGAAUGAAGAAAAUGACUGUAACAUUGCACUGUAUGAACAUACAAUUAAUAAAGAUACAACGCAUUUGGAGAUUGAGCCUUUCACGCUUCUUGGUGUCUGUGCUGGCCUGAUUCCAUAUCCUCACCACAACCAGUCUCCAAGAAACACUUACCAGUGUGCCAUGGGGAAACAAGCAAUGGGUACUAUUGGAUACAAUCAAAGAAACAGGAUAGAUACUCUUAUGUAUCUCCUAGCCUAUCCGCAAAAGCCAAUGGUAAAAACAAAAACAAUUGAACUGAUAGAUUUUGAGAAACUGCCUGCUGGACAGAAUGCCACAGUCGCUGUGAUGAGCUACAGUGGUUAUGAUAUUGAAGACGCUCUUGUCUUAAACAAGGCCUCUUUGGACAGAGGAUUUGGAAGAUGUCUUGUAUAUAAGAAUGCCAAGUGUACACUGAAGCGUUACACAAACCAGACAUUUGAUAAAGUUAUGGGUCCGAUGUUGGAUGCAGCUACUCGUAAACCAAUCUGGCGCCAUGAAAUUUUGGAUGCUGAUGGUAUCUGCUCGCCAGGUGAAAAAGUAGAAAAUAAGCAAGUCCUUGUGAACAAAUCUAUGCCGACUGUGACCCAGACACCUCUGGAAGGAAGUAGUGUGCCUCAGCAGCCGCAGUACAAAGAUGUGCCAGUAACCUACAAAGGUGCAACUGAUUCUUAUAUUGAAAAAGUAAUGAUUUCGUCAAAUGCGGAGGAUGCUUUCUUGAUCAAAAUGUUGUUGAGGCAAACUAGACGUCCAGAAAUUGGAGAUAAAUUUAGCAGUCGACAUGGGCAGAAAG